CUCACACACACACACCCUCACUGCACAUGCUUUGAGUGGAACAGAUUCACAGUGCUGCACUGGAGUGAGACAACGGUGUAUGAUUGAGAGAGAGUUUAUUCUCACCCCGCGUCAGCUCAAGGAAACCACCAGUGUGCAGAGGUUCAUGAACGGAUGACCUUAACAGAGGACCUUUUUUAUCAGACCAUGGAAGCCAAGAAUUGGAGCUAAAAGAAAAGAAGAGUUUUUUUACUUGUUUGUUUGUUUUUUUAAACAAAAAACACCUUUUUGGCUGAAGUGGAAAUUAGAGUUUUGUCUGUGGGAUUACUGGGAACUUCAUUCAUGAGCUCUUGUCAUGUUGGUAUCCUGCAUGAUUGUUUCUUGUUGACAGGAGCCAUCUCUGUGUUUUGGAUUUCCCACGGAUCACAGUUUAUAUUCUGAACACAGUGUGUGAAUGAAGGGCGCGGGAGCAGGAAACAUGUCAAGCGGACGAUUCAGUCACCUGUUGAGGGGUGUCUGGUUUCUGUGGCAAGCUCUGUUGGUGGUAGGAACAGGGACAAAACUUUGGGAGGUGCCAACAGGUCCAUUUGCAUCCUCCUCCAACUUCAGUGAGAGCCUCCAGUGGGAGCCCCACUGUCAGUACCAUAACAUACAGGACAGAGUGAGAAUCACAGCAGAUAUACCACCACAACUGGAUGGUACUUGGGUAUCAAUAAGAUGCGAAGUUCGUCCUGGUCCAGAGUUUCUUACCCGCUCCUACACUUUCCAUCCCAACCGUCACUUCCAGGCCCUGCAGCACUACUAUACCGACAGCAGCUGCGAGGAUCCUAGCUACUCCCUGAUAGUCAGGGGAAAGAUCCGUCUGCGCCAGGCCUCUUGGAUCACUCGUGGGGCUACUGAAGCUGAGCAUCACCUCAGCAAAGUGGCCAUUGUGGUUCAUAGCCUUGCAGCCAAACAGAGGUUGGCCUCCAGGCUCCCUUCAACAUGCGUAGGUCUCAGCCUGGGUCGAGUGGUGCCAGGGAAGCUCUACGAGCUAUACAACACCCGGGCAGGGAGGGGAUGUCUGGAAGCACUGGGUUUCUCCAUGAUGGAGAUGGGUUUAGUACGAGUAGAAACGCAAUACCACAGCCAUGGAAGGAAGGUCCAGGAGCUGUUCUUGGGGGAUAUCCACACUGACUGGACACAAAGAACUCAGUACAAACCUACUGGGUACCAGCAACCACUGCAGAAUGCCAUGCAUCACAUCCACCCCUGCCCUGUAUGUGCUCUGGUGUACCGCUCCUCAGACCAGCGCCCCCCUGUGUUGCCCCGCAGCCCUGCAACCUAUCUGUCUCUUGGAGGCCGAUGGGUUAGCCAGCGCUGUGAAACCCGUCCCAAUGUCCUCUUUCUUACCCGAGACUUCACCUUUAAUCCCCACCAGCACGCCUGGGAGGGCAUCUACCGGCACUAUUCUGACUCUGCCUGCUCUCAGCCCACUUUCACCCUGAGAGCCUCAGGCCACUAUGCUCAGGGAAACCCCUCCCCCAAAAUCUCAGGAGCCUCUGAGUUUGUCUUCAAGGUAACCCAGGUCAGAGCCACAGCUAUGGGGGAGCCCACAGCCAAAUUGCUAAACAGUACAAAGCCAGGGAAGUGUGGUCGUGCUAGAGGAUGGGAGGUCGGAGUAGAGCAGGACUUGACCCCCACAGACGGAUGCACCGUGUUGGGUAUCAAGCUGCCCCAUAAAGAGUACGAGCUCUUCAAGAUAGAGCUGGAUCACAGGAAACACCCACUGCUGUUUAUCGGCGAGAGGCCAACUGACGGGUCCAGUCCUGACCGACCGCUGAGGCGACCCACUUCCUUUCAGGCUCCCAUGGUACUUUGCAGUGGGGGAAGCACACAGGCCGCCCGCUCAGGUUUUAACAGCAAGCAAGUACAGUUAGCAGCCAGUGGGACAGAGAGGCUUCCACAGCUGGUCCUGCUGGUGUUUGGAUCUGUGCUUUGCGGCUGGCUCUGUGUUUACUAGACAUUGUUCGCAAAUCAAACCUGUUAAACAGCUGAAGCCAGUGAUGGACAUUUUUUCCUGGCAGCUGUUUUUCAUUUUCCUUCCACAUGAUGACAUGUUCAUGACCACAUGUGAAAUAGGCAAGAAAGACAUUUAGAAGAUAUAUGCUGUCUGUAGGUUAACCUAAAUGACUCACUUCAUCUCCUUUUUCUAACAAAUCUGUAUAAAAGCCACCAAUAUAUACAAAUGCCAUCGUUUCAGUAUGUAAAACUUCAUAUAUUCUUUUGAAACAUGAUACCUUUGUAUGAUAAUCAAAAUGAUGCUCUCAAGUCGCAAACUGAUUUCAAAUGUGGGUCUUCAUUAAUAUGCAAGCCAGGGCUAUUUCAGUUACUUUUCACCAAGAUGCAGUACAACUAAUGCACUUUGUAAAUAAUAUUUUAUCAGCAUAUUGGUAAGAACAGUUACCAUCACUGGUCAAGUUUUAGUGUAUUAGUCUUUUUUCUAUCAACAGCCAGUCUAAACAAAUUAAUGAAAUUAAUAUUUAUUUUAUCCAUUUAUACUGUGCUUUUUUAUAAAAAUCUUUUUUUUGUCUAAUAUUUUAGUUAGUUUUGUCAUUUAAUAUUUCCAUGUCUAUUAAAAGUUGCUUAUCAUAA